CUCAAAAUUUGAAAUCUUAACUUGAUGAAUCAGAAACCAUUCAAUCAAAGAUUAUUUGAUAUCAUCGCAACGAAGGAGUACAUGACUAUUAUGUACGUUAUGAUGUUUGUGAUACUCAAGAAUUUCAUUUAUCAAGGAAUGGCGAGUGGGGGUACUGGAGCCAACUGGUGUUAUUUCUUAAUUCAUUUCUAUAUGUCGGUAACCAAUCUCCUCUUCUUUUUAAUGGCAGCUUCUGAAGUUAGAAUCACAAUUCUUAUAAAGAGAAAUUCUAUAGCUCACAAUGGAAAUCCCAACUGGGCUGCAAAUGGCCAUCCAAAUGGCUAUCCAAAUGCUGUUCCUAAUGGACAUCCUAAUCCUGCUGUCAAUGGUCCUCCUCCUGUAGUAGACAAUGGUCCUCACAAUCGUAUGGCUGUUGUUCCCAUUAAUAAUCCUGCAAACGGAGAAGCGAGAGUUCCUGGAGCGAACCCCUCUUCUGAAGCUGGACCCACUUGGCUGCUGAUACUUUCCAUUUUCAUUGGGUUCUUUUGGUAUGCCUUGUUCUGCUUUUUGCAGAACACCAAAUCAGAAACUAGGAAACCUGACAAUGCUACAUUAAAGAAAAAUCUACUGAUAACUUGAGCAGGCUCUUCAUUACAAUGGCUGCUUUAUAUUCUCCUCCCAGUUUUCAUUGAUGGCAGGAGUGGACCAGACUUUUGGAUCCCAUUUCUUAUCAUGCUCUAUUAUCAAAUGUUUUGCUACUCUAUUUAUUUUCAGACAAGGGCCUAUCUCUUUGAGGUUGAAUGGCUGCCGUACUUCUCUCCAAUCACUUGGCUCUUUUUGAUUGGAGCUUAUAUAUCCAUGAUCUGCGGUACGAAUUCGAAUCAGCCAAAUGGAAACGCACAAGGACCAAGGAUAAAUCAAAACCCAGCUGGCAUGGAUCAUGAAAGAGGCCUCAUUAAUCCACCUGCAGACUUCCAAAUGGUCCAAAACGGCAAUCCUCCUACCCAUCCUCAAGAUAAUCCCCUCGAAAAUCCUAACAGGAGCCAUCAUGGGAACGAUUACAACCAAAUUCCAGACGAUCCUGAAAAGAACCCAAGAAAAUCUCCAAAAACGAAUAACUUUAUAGACGACAACAAUCCUGACCGAGAUCCAGAAGGGACUCCUAUAGAUACCAACAGUAAUGUCUUCCACCCCAAAGAUGAAGAAGAAUAAGCCCAAUAAAGUAUUUUCACUAAGAAAACUUGGCCUAAGCCACUGUGCUCUCUUCUACUCGCUUAUUUGUAGCUCAUCUUGCUGAACAAGCCUGUUUAAGAGAACUUCUUCGGGUUUAGAUUUGUGUGUAAGGGGUGAGAAUUUAUGUUGGAGAUUAUAU